UUAAAGAUCAGUCGCCGAAACAGUUGAUGUCGAGUAAAAUUUCUGUCCAGAGUAGACUAGGCCUAGAUUUCACUCUUUCAACAGGUUUGUGUUGAGAAGAGAUGGAAAGAGCAAGCGAAGCUAUGGAGGCUGACAUGGGUGCAGGAGACAGACCCUCUGCUCCUGCUGUUCCUGCCUCCAGGAAACCAACGCUGUCAUGGGGGGUGAAGAUCCGUAAGAAGUUGAAGACAGUGACUCCAUUCCUGGGGAAGUUCCGGCCCCUGGUGGGUCAGUGCUGCCACAAGUGCACCCCAGAGAGCCUGGGUCAGAAGUUGCUGCAGAACACCCCCUCACUCGGCUUCCAGAACCUUCUGAACAUCAAUGAGACUCACACAAGGUACCGGGGUUGGCUGGUGCGGAGAGUGUGUUGCCUGCUGUUCGUGGGAGGCUGCUGUGUCCACAGCAGCGGCAGCAGCCAGCGCGAAGACCGACUGCAUCGAGUGUGCUGCAGCGAGAGGGCAUGGAGCCUGCUGCCUGGUGUGGCCCACUCUCCGGGUGAAAGUGUCCUGAAGCAUCUGGAGGCCUCUGCCAGGGCGGGCGCCAGCAAGAUCCUCAGCUUGGCCAAUGCCAGCAUCUCGCCUGCCCUACUCCGACUGGUAGGCUGGUUGCUGCUGAAGUUCUUUGACCUUCUCUACUGCAGUGUCCAGGUCAAUCUCAACCAACUGGCCGCCCUGCGUCGCGCCGCCCAGAUGAAGACCCCGCUGGUCUUUGUGGCCAUACGUCAGAGUGCUCUGGAUCAAGCCCUCAUCGCUUUGGUGCUGUUCUGCCACAGCCAGAGGGUGCCCUACACCAUCUCUCCUGUGCAGGUCAACAACACUUUCCUAAGGGCUGUACUUCAGAGACUGGGUGUGAUCUUGCUCCCGCGUGGUGCAAUCACAGAGCAGGAUGCUGAGACGGACAGCCUCUACUCGCCCCUCAUGAGCGCUAUGACCGGGGCACUGCUACAGGAAGGCGAGAGCCUCAGCCUGACCCUGGCAGCGGACAGUGGGCACGGAGGCCAGUGGCUGGCACGUGCCCAACAGGCGCUCACCGACGGUGUGGUGCCCGACGCCAACCUCGUCCCCGUGGCCGUCUCCUACGACUGCCCUCCCGACCUGUGCGCCCUCCCUCAGGGUGGUGUGAGGUCUUUUGUGCGGUGGCUAGUGGUGCUGCUGUGGAGAGGGAGGAGAGGAAGUGUGCGGAUCCAUUUCGCACAGGCCUUUUCUCUGAAGGAGAUGAGUGAAACAGGAUUGUAGGGACAGAGGGCCCUACAGGAGUUGCUGUUGCCCACCAUCUCAACCACAGCGUUGUGCUCCUGCAGGUCGGAGGUGGGCUACGGGGAGAAGAGCGCGUCAUGGCUCCUGCCCUCCCCCAUCAUGCCCCAGCUCCAACCAGAGGAGAGACAGCGCACCAUCGCGCUCACCCAGCACCUCAUCCACUCCGCCACUUCCUGUAUGGCUGUGAUGGCCACCCAGCUCAUUUCCUGUCUCAUGCUGCACAAACACCGCAAGGGUGUGCGUGUGUCGGUGCUGUGCCGUGAGGUGUCCUGGCUGCUGGAGGAGGUGCUGUUCCGGCGGCGUGACGUGGGCUUCGCCGGCUCCCUGGUGGAGGUGGUGUACUGCGCCGUGACGCUGCUCGCGCCCCACCUCGUCAUGGCAACGCCGCCGCCCAGCGCAGAGCCCCUGCUGGCCCCCGGCCGCCGACCCCACGCACGGCACGCACUUGCCCGCCACGCGCACACGCUCACACACACCUUCAUCACCGAGGCUGUCGGAGCCUGUGCGGUGUCGGCCAUGCUGAGCGAGGUGGCCUGCUGCGGUGACGUGGGUGAGAUGGAGUUUGACGUGGCACUCUGCCAGGACGAGCUCACUGACAGAGCCCUGCAGCUCACACACCUACUGCCUGCAGGGUACAUACCGCCGUGUCAGUCUGCUCAGAGCUUCGCCCUGGACGCUGUGGAUAGUCUGGUGCGCUGUGGCAUCCUAAUCAUGGAGGAGAUACCCAAGGACAUAGUACAAUCCAAGGACACUACAAUCAGUAGGAAGAGAAAUACACAAACCCAAAACAUGGUUCCACGAGACACACCAGUGUGUGACAUCAUGAAGAGGCAGGGGACUCUGAUGUGGAACGCUGCAGAUGAAUCAGAUUACAGCGACUCAGACUGUGAAGAGCAGGAAGCUCGUUCUUACAAGUUGAGUCACCCCACCCAGUGUCCGAACAUGCUCUUCUUCCUCUGCAGUCUCCUGAGUGUCCAGUUGAGGGCGCUGUGCUGGGCCAUCCAGAGCUUACACCUGCUGCCCACCCCGCUGCCAGCAUCCCAUUGUGUGAUCCAGCUUCAUACUCAUGUGCGGAACCUAGCCAACCUGGACAGAGGACACCAUGAGAGCUCUUCCAUGGAUCUGGUGAAGACAUCAGUGCGUACUCUCAUUGACCUUGGGGUUCUGACUGAGGAAAGUGAGAACGGCCAUGUUUAUCUGGAUCUGAGUCCACUGUUCCAGUUAACAGAGAACAGAGAGAAGCUGCAUAAGUUUGUCUCUCAGCAUCUCUACAAUUAGCACUACUCACACACACACACAGUUUGAAAGGAUUGCAGUGAAUAGACACAUUUACGUUUACAUUUUGAAGCUCAUCAUUGUUUUUUAUUAUUAUUAUUAUUAUUAUUAUUAUUAUUAUUAUUAUUUUAAUUAGAAGAAAACAUAUCAACACGAAAGACAAACAAGUGGACAAAUAUAAUAAGGGGAAAAAAAGUGGGAAAGAGCUAGUUAAGGGAUAAUUAUUUUUUUUUUAUUUGACAGUUGAAGCCUUGCAAAAUACUCCACCAUUAUAGGUUUUUAAGUGUUAUCUUCAAAAUGACUCCCAUCUUUUUAUUUAGAGCAGUGAAGUUGAAUGUGUUUCUGUUUUAUAUACCCUGUUACCACUAGUGCAAUACUUCCUUGCCAGUGUUCAUAAUGUUUGUUCAACCAGGGUCCAGGCACUUAAGUAUAGUUCCUGUUAAUUUUGACUUGCUGCUCUUUGAUUAUGUAAGAUUGUGUUUACUGUAAACCUGGUGGGGAAAAGUUUUUAAAGAGGGCUGACACAAGGACAAGCUUUGUUUGCUUUUGUAAUGGUAGGCUGAAGGUUCAAUGUGCCUAAAUGUGUGCUAUUAUUUCUGUUUUCUGAUUGGUCCUGAAUGUUAAAACAAGAAUGUUCUAGAGAA